GCAUCAGGUAACGAGGGAAAUUACGUUACACAAACUGUCUAUGGCUUUCUGGAUUUCACCACGACAAUUGGUAACACAGUCAUGGUUUUCUCACCACAGAGUGAUUCGGUUGUUCCACCAGAAGUGAAGUCUGCAUUUAAUGAAAUAACAGCCAACAACGUUAUUGAAACAAAGCCAGUUGUCACCAAAAACAAACCCGAAAUUAAACCAACUAAAACGGAAUCAAACAAAAAUAAAGAAACUUCGGUGAAAGUUGUCUCGGUGGUACAAGUGAAAUCCGAUCCUCCAGCAUCUGUGUCAUCCAAAAUCGAAAUUAAAUCUUCAGCAGUAGUUAAAUCAGUAGGCAAACCAAAACCUACAGAACAAGUAUCAAAACCAGUUAUUGUUAGUAGCAAAGUACAAAUCGUAGACGGUGCAGCGUCCACCAAACUAUCUGAAACUAAGAACAUUAUAACUAAAGUUGAAAAUGCUAGCGGAUCGACUAAGUUAGCACAACCGAUAAUUUCCAGCAAAAUAGAAUCUCGUAAAGAGCCGAUAUCCAGUGCCGUAUCGAGUAUCGUUCAAGUUAAAUCAGAUACAGAACCUGCAGUAGUGAUUGGAAAUAACAUAGGAGAGCCCGAAUAUGACUUCUUGUCUAGGCAACCUUCGGAAGUAGUAGAAGAAACCUUCAAAGUGAUAAAUCUUAAGCCAAGUUCGAAGUUUUUAUUGAAGCACAGACCCGCAACUGAUGUUAAGAAAAACGGAGCGACGAAAAGAGUAGAUCAUCCAACAGGUUUGGUGACAACAUUGGGAGGAACUGUCGUAAAAGACGGUACUACGACGGUGAUUGAAACUAGUGUUAUUGGAACAUAUAUUUCAGGAAAAUAUGCUCAAGUACUGCAAAGCACCUCAAGAAAAAUCAAUCCGACACAAAGUCUUCGAAUAUUGAAAACUGCUGCACCUUCGUUAGGACAUGGGAACAAGCAGAGACAAAUAGAUCCCACACCAGCUGCUAGCUAUAAUGAAGCGACAUCUGCUUUACCGGUUGAAAAUUCUAUAAAGACCUCUAGGAAGUCUCCAAGUGGCGGAAGUGCUUACAAAAGAUUCAAAAAUAGACACAAGGAAUCCGUCGCCGUUUCUGAAGACGAGAACGAACGACCGGAUAUCAUCACUCCACAGCCCAAUUACAAGAAAUCUCAGAAAAAUCGGAGUCAAUCACAAAACGUCAGGAACUCCAAACACCACACAACCACAAACAGUCAAGUACCAAAAAAUAGAAGAAAUAGAAAUCGAAAAGCAACUACUACAUCCAAACCGUCUCUAAAUAGCGAAGAUGUACCGACCACCGCAUCAGGCAAAAAAUUUUCGUCCAAUCGAAGAACGAAGACUAGCAGAGUUGCUAGUAGUAGUGAAGCUACGACGGCCAGUAACAGCGGGUUCACCAGACGCACUUACAAGCCGAAAGUGCAACCAUCUAGUGUGGAUAAUGGAGGAAGCGGAUCGUCCAGUCUGUACAAGUUUAAACUUAACAGAUCACCAGGCAGAUGGCAGUACAAAACCACUUCGAAGCCCCGGGUAACUAUCCGAAAACAAAACACCGACGAAACGGCAAACAAUAACGAAACUCCCGGGAUAUCUUCUCCUAUUCCGCCGUCAUCAGGACAGGAAGUUUCCCGCUCUCAAAUCAACGAUGUUGUCACUCCCCAAGCCCGAUCCGACGAUGUAGAUAGCCUCGAAGAAUCUGAAUCAAUUGCUUCAAUAAUUGAUGACGAAAGCGCUACAGCGAAUAAACUUGACGCCAUUUCUCCGGCUUUUCCAGUGGAAACUAUUAAAGUCGAAAUUUCCACUCCUUCAGAUUUUGGAGAUAUUUACUACGAAAUAGCGACCAUCAAAACACCAUAUACUUUUCAGGUGGGUAACGUAAAAAAUACCAGAUACGUAACCGUCACCUCGACAUUCGAAAAGAGCUUCGAACGUUCAAUCGACCCAACCCCAAAAGCAGCCGAACCCCUAACGGAAAACAUCCUAGCGACAUCGAGCAAUUACGCCAAAGACAACAAUUUCUUGGAUUCGAGCAUAGCGACAUUACCGCCUCUAUAUCUUGCAUCCGAUAUGGAAACCCCGCCUCUAGAAACGCUUACGGAAACCUUCAGCACGACACAGACGAUGUUAAAAACACACAUUUUGCCGGUUGUUCGGCAUGGGAAUGACACCAGUAGCUCGACACUAGUGCAGACCUAUUUUGUAACGAGAUUGAUUACAGCCACGAAAACUUUACCACCAAUGGAAGCUUACCAUUUCAUUCCCAGCAAAGUAUUAAAUGAAUUCAAUAGUCAUCUCGAUGAAGCAGGUUCCGAGCUACACUUGGAACUCGAAUUUGGUGAUCAAAACGAUCAAGAUGAAGGGUUAGUCAGAAAAGUAUCAUUGCCUGCAGACUUAGAUCUAGCAAAUAUAGGAUCUAACUUCGAUUUGUCCGAUGUUGACAAAUCUAGAAUAUUGGAAGCACAUGUUAGACCUAAAAAGGCGCAAUCUCCUAUAAAACCUCCGAUAAAUGAAUUAUCUAAUCCACAAACGCCAGUAAGUCCGGAUCAACUACAGCAAUUAGCUUUGUACAAAUUCCUGAAUCCGCAAGCAGCAGGUGCAGGUCAAGUGAUAACCACAUCAAAACCAGUGCUAAAAGUGGAAACCUUAUACGAAACUUUCAUUUUACCUGUUACUCAAGGCCAUAACACUAUCCAAAGUACUAUUUCUAGAUUGAAAGGAACUAUCACUAAAACAGAUUAUGAGUACGGCACUAGUACUAUUGCUCCAGCGUUCCCACAGAUACCUCAAUUACAACCUCAAAUACCUCAGCUUCCUCAAAUACCUCAGCUCAAUCCUUUCUUACCGCAAGCGCAACCUCAGCUGGUUGUAACUUCCUCUCCUAUCGUGCAAAGUACUAUGGUUACUCAAACCAAUAGUAAAGUUUUGAAAUUAACAUUUGGUGCUAAGACAGCUCACACUACCAUCUAUUCUACAACAGUAAUACCAACUGUAACGACUUCUUAUGUAACAGCGUCAAUUCCCGUACCCACCGCUGCGUUUCCCGGAUACUUCCCGGCUCCUUUUCCAGGUUAUCCUUAUGUAGGAUAAAUUAAGGCAGUUAAUUUAAUGCACUAGUCAAAUAAUUGAUGAACAUAAUCAUGUUUUCCAUUAUUCUUUGUU